AUGAAUACCGUGAAAGAGCUGAUAAACAACAGCUUCAAGGAAAAAGAACCUUGGCAAAUAGUAACAAUAACAACUGGCUCAGUUCUCGGUGCUGUUUGGGUAUGGAAUUUUUGUAACCAAGAUGAGAGUAUAGUCGUACGUAGCAAGAAAAAGUUAUUCAAACUAGCCCGUUACAUUCCUUCGGUUCGCGAACAAAUAGAACGCGAGCUCAAUAAUCUAAACGAGACUUUUGAAAACGAGAGCAAAAAUCGACUCCAAGGCAUUCAGUGUGUCACAACUUUGCCUAAGAACGGUUUAAAUCAUGAACAAGUUAUUGAAGCUGUUAAGCAGAGUGUACAAAUAGGCGACUACGAUUGGAAAAAUGGCAAAGUAUCAGGAACUGUGUACAGAAAUGAUGAAAAGCUGAUAAAAUUGAUGGCCGAAGUUUAUGGUAUCGCUUCGUAUACAAAUCCUCUGCAUCCUGAUGUAUUUCCUGGGGUUUGUAAAAUGGAGGCUGAAGUUGUGAGAAUUUCCUGUCAUUUAUUUCACGGCAAUGAUGAAUCUUGCGGAACUAUGACAUCUGGAGGUACUGAAUCAAUUAUUUUAGCAUGCAAAGCAUACCGCGAUUACGCACGCGAAGUUAAAGGAAUCAAGCACCCCGAAAUGGUGGUACCGGUAACGGCCCACUCGGCUUUUGACAAAGCUGCCCAGUACUUAAAUAUCAAAGUACGAGCUGUGCCGCUCAACCCAAAAAGCUUCACAGUCAGCAUUAAUGCCAUGAAAAAAGCUAUUUCUCGCAAUACAAUAAUGCUCGUUGGAUCAACACCGAAUUUCCCAUACGGUACAAUGGACAAUAUUGAAGAAAUUUCUAAGCUUGGUCUUAAAUAUAACAUUCCAGUUCAUGUUGAUGCUUGUCUGGGUGGAUUUUUAUUAUGUUUUAUGCCAGCUGCUGGUUUUGAUGUUCCACCAUUUGAUUUUAUUCUACCUGGUGUUACUUCUAUUUCUGCUGAUACUCAUAAAUAUGGAUACGCACCGAAAGGAUCAUCAGUUAUUCUUUACAGCGAUAAAAAGUAUCGUCAUCAUCAAUUCACAAUAACAACAGAUUGGCCUGGCGGUAUUUACGGUUCUCCAACAAUAAAUGGCUCACGUGCUGGAGGAAUAAUAGCCGCUUGUUGGGCAUCAAUGAUGCAUUUUGGUUACGACGGUUACUUGGAAUCAACUAGAAAAAUAAUCCAAACAACAAAAUACCUCGAAUCAAAAUUAAGAGAAUUAGACAGUAUUUAUAUCAUCGGCACCCCUGGUACUUCAGUAAUCGCUUUGGGCUCCAAUAAAUUCCACAUUUAUCGUCUAUCCGAAGGUCUUGCAGCCAGAGGAUGGAAUUUAAAUACUUUGCAAUUCCCGAGUGCUAUUCACUUGUGCAUUACUUAUGUUCACACCCAGCCGGGUGUUGCUGAUACCUUUUUGGACGAUGUCAGAAAUGUUCUGAUAGAAAUUAAUAAGACACCUGAUGUCUCUGUAGAAGGACGGCUCGCUAUGUAUGGAAUGAGCCAAAGUCUUCCAGAUCGUUCAGUAGUCGGCGACUUGACUCGACUUUUUAUCGACUCCAUGUACUUUAUUCCAGAAGAGGAGAAAAAUUGA